UGAAACUCUAAAUGGAUUUGAGGCUAUGCGUGACUUUGUGCAAAGACUAGUGGAGAAACUCACUGUGGAGGAGAACAAAGAUCGAGUCUCUGUUGUCCAGUACAGCAGAGAACCAGAGGCCCAAUUCUAUCUGAAUACUUACACAACAAAGGAAGAUGUUGUUGACACUGUAAGAGGCCUGAGGCACAAAGGAGGGAGACCCCUCAACACUGGGGCAGCUCUCCAGUAUGUCAGGGACAAUGUCUUUAUUGCCUCCUCCGGAAGCAGACGCCAAGAGGGCAUCCCUCAAAUUCUGGUUCUAUUGAGUGGGGGAAGGUCCAAUGAUGAUGUUAGAAAUGCAGUUACAAACUUGAAAGAAAUUGGUGUCAUGGCAAUAGUGGUUGGAAUGAGGAAUGCCGAUAUACUUGAGCUUCAAACUAUUUCAUAUGAACCUAGCUAUGCUUUCUCUGCUACACAUUACAACGAUCUCCCAAACAUUCAACAGCAAGUAGUAUCUGCUGUUGAGAGAGUUGAAAUGACCGCUACUAACUUGCCAACAACAUUAAUAGAUGCAUCAAAUGAUACCAGGAGGGACAUUGUAUUUUUACUUGAUGGUUCUGAUGAUUCCCGAAGAAGAUUUACAGAUAUUCAAGACUUUAUUCAGAGAGUUGUGGAAAAACUCAAUGUAGAUGGGAACAAAGAUCAUGUGUCUGUGGUUCAAUACAGUGACACAGCAGAGGUCAAUUUCAAGUUGGGUAUGCAUUCAAAAAAAGAUUCUGUUCUUGAUGCCGUAAGAGGUCUGAGGCACAAAGGAGGAAGUCCUCUAAAUACUGGAACAGCUCUCCAGUACGUGAGGGGCAAUGUUUUUACUGCCUCCAAUGGAAGUAGAAGCCUGCAAGGUGUUCCACAGAUACUGAUACUGCUGAGUGGUGGAAGAUCGAGAGAUGAUAUCAGAACCCCUGUCACAAAGCUCAAAGAAAUGGGAGUAAUUUCAAUUUGUAUUGGCACAGGAGAUGCCGACACCCUUGAACUACAAACGAUAUCUCAUGAACCUAAUUACGCCCUUUCUAUUACUGAUUUCGAAGACCUUCCCACAAUUCAGGGAGAAUUGUUGUCAUUGUUAACAGAAGCAUCCCAUCAACUAGUGCCAACUGUCCCUACCAUGCAUUUUGAAUCUGACAAAAAGGAUGUUGUAUUUCUCAUUGACGGAUCUGACGACUCUAGAACUGGCUUUGCUGGGAUUCGCCGCUUUGCAGAGAAAGUAGUGGAGAGUCUUAAUGUGGAGGAAAAUGGCGACCGGGUGGCCCUUGUUCAGUACAGUCGGGAUGCCACACCCAAUUUCUAUCUGAAUUCAUACUCUUCUAAAAAUGAUGUGCUUAAUUCAAUAAGAUCCAUGAGGCACAAAGUUGGAAGACUCCUCAACACUGGCACAGCACUGCAGUUUGUGAGAGACACUGUCUUUACUGCUUCAGCUGGAGGCAGACGUGCAGAGGGUGUGCCUCAAUAUCUAUUUGUUUUCAGUGGUGGGAGAUCUAGUAAUGACUUAAGGGGACCUGCGCAGUCAUUGAGAGGGGAUGGAGUAAGAACAUUUAGCUUCGGAACAAGGAAUGCUGAUACAUUGGAGUUACAAAGCAUAUCUUUUACACCAGCACACUCUUUUUCUGUUGCCAAUUUUAACAAGCUUGACGGGAUACACUCUUCUGUGGCUGCUGUAAUGAGUGGUGUUAAGGAAACACCUGAUAUUUCAACUGUCAUUGACAAUUCAACUUUGUUGACAUCAGAUAUCCAGUUGGUGGAUGGGGUUGAUGUUGUAUUUUUACUUGAUGGAUCUGAUAAGAUGCGAGAAAGUGUCCAAUCAAUACGUGAUUUUCUUGGACAAUUUGUUGAACAUCUCGAAAUUGGGCCUGACAAAACACAUGUUGCUGUGAUCCAGUACAGUGACAAACCCACCACUAAUUUCCUAUUGAACACAUACUCAUCUAAGAGUGAUAUCAUGGCAAAAGUACGCAAUAUCAAUAUUGAAGGAGGAAGGUCCCUCAACACUGGGAAAGCUCUUGAUUUUGUUAAAAACAAUAUAUUUACUGCCUCCUCUGGAAGCAGACUCCAAGAGGGCAUUCCUCAGAUCCUGAUACUGCUAAGUGGGGAGAAAUCUCAGGAUGAUGUUCUGGUUCCAUCUGAGAGUCUGAAGGCAGAUGGGAUUGUGCUUUUGACUGUUGGGGUCAAAGACGCAGAUGGAGCGGAGAUGCAGAGCAUUGCGUACAGUCCUAAUCAGGCAUAUCUUCUCAGAGAGUUUUCUGACCUCUCUCUUGUUAGACAACAGUUACUCUCAGCAAUUGUCUCUCACAAAGAUGCAGCAAGACCAGGCUUAGUUCAAGGCACCAGUGUGAAAAGAGACAUUGUUUUCCUCCUUGAUGGAUCUGAUGAUGUUAGGAGCAGAUUCACAGAAAUACGAGAGUUUGUUGCGAAAGUGGUGGAAAAGUUUGAUGUGGACCAAGGAAAAGAUCAAGUUGCUGUUGUGCAGUACAGCAACAGUGCAGCAGUGAACUUUAACCUGAAUGCUUACAAGACAAGAGAUGAUGUGCUUACAGCAGUCAGAAAUCUAAGACCAAAAGGCGGGAGGCCUCAAUAUACUGGCACAGCCCUCCAGUUUGUGAAGGACAAUGUCUUUACUAAUAAUGCUGGAAGUAGACGUCACGAGGGUGCUCAACAGAUCCUAGUGCUACUGACUGGUGGCAGAUCUAGAGAUUCUCCUCGAGGUCCUUCCAGGGCACUCAAGACUUUGGGGGUUGUAACAUUUGCCAUUGGAUCAAGGAUGACUGAUUUGGUUGAAAUGCAAUCAAUAUCAUCUCUUCCAAAUUAUUCUUAUUCAGUCCCUGAUUUUGCAAACCUUCAAAACAUCCAGAAAAAUUUGGAGACACAUCUUGCUCAAGUGAGACCACAAGAGGAAACUAGAGUUGGUAAGAAAUAUUAAACUGUACUGGUGACUUACUGUAAAUGUUGAAUAUCUUUAUUUGAUUUUUGAAAAGAACAACAUCAAUUAUUUA